UCUUUCAAAAGUAGAUAUUAUCGUUAUACACCGCUUUCAUAUCAACUUCCGGUGUUUGAAAUAUUUGCUUGCUGCUCGGAAAAUAUUUAAACAUUUGUUGUGGUUUCAAUACCUAGAGAUGCAAUGGUACGCUACAAGUUUCUUUUGAAAGGGAGAGAGAAAAUAUAGAAAGUCCUCAUUUUGAACUCAGCUCUAAAUGUAACUGCAGAAGAAGAUCCAGUUUUGUAUUUAAAUAUAUAGCAAGAAAUGAAAUGAAGACCGUUAUGCAAUACCUAUUUAAUCUCAUCAAAGUGUCAGCAGCAAAAACCAGUUUAUUACACAUUAAAUGGCAUCUAACCAUUGGAUGCUUGAUUCGGUUUGUGUUAAUUGGUUAUGGUAUAUGGCAAGACUUAAAUUUCGAUGUCAAAUAUACAGAUAUUGAUUACAGUGUGUUUACUGAUGCCGCAAAGCAUGUUGUGGAGGGAUUGAGUCCUUAUAAGAGACACACAUACCGCUAUACACCUUUGUUGGCAUAUUUUUUGACACCAAAUAUUUUAAUUUCAUUUCAUUUUGGGAAAUUUGUUUUUGUAGUAUUUGACUUACUUACUGCUUUUACAAUUUUCAAGAUAGUUCAACUAAAACAUCAAUCAAGAAGACUGUCUACAUUGUGUUCAAUGUUUUGGUUGUAUAAUCCACUCUCUAUAACUAUAUGUACCCGGGGUAAUGCUGAAUCUAUCAUAACUUUCCUAGUUCUUUUUAGCUUACUAACAUGCCUUAAAAGACAUUUAUUUUUUGCAGCUGUGUUGUAUGGAAUUGCUAUACACACCAAAAUAUAUCCAAUCAUUUAUGCUCCUUCUAUUUACUUAAACCUUGCAUCUGAAUCAUUUACAAAACCUAACAAGAAGCUACAAAAGAUAAAAAGACUUAUUUUACCCAACUCUGAUCAGAUUGUAUUUGCUUUAGUUUCUAUCUUAACUUUAGCUUCACUGACUAGUAUCUUUUACUUUGCAUAUGAGUGGCCAUUUAUACAGGAAGCAUAUCUCUAUCACAUAAGCCGUAAAGAUACUCGGCAUAACUUUUCUCUGUUUUUCUACCUUCUCUAUCUUACAGCAGAUUUGAGUCAAUCAACACUGAUUGGCCUCAUUACUUUUCUACCACAGAUCAUUCUAAUUUCAGCCAUAACACUUGUAUACUUUGCUGACUUGCCCUUCUGCUGGUUCCUUUUAACUGUAAUUUUUGUGAUGUUUAACAAAGUAUGCACAUCCCAAUAUUUUCUCUGGUACCUCUGUCUCCUUCCCUUACUUCUGCCUUCUCUGCAACUGACUGUAGUUCAUGGAUUGAUUUUAAUUCUAGUUUGGUUUCUUGGACAAGGCAUAUGGCUUCUACCUGCUUAUUUCUUGGAAUUUGAAGGUAGCAACACUUUUAUAUAUAUUUGUCUUGCUAGUGUCAUCUUUUUCUUUAUUCAAAUCUUUAUUCUUUAUAUUCUUAUCAACAAGUAUGUAUUCAGUAAAAAGAAAUCUGUAAAAAAUAAAUAAAUUUGUUACAUCUUUA